CCAGGGCCCGGCACGCUCCCCCAGAGCCUGCCGCCCACACCCUCUCCUGUCCCUCUGCCCGCCUGGCCAGCGCCCGGCCGCCGGCCCGUGGAUGAGCCACAGGACCUCCUCCACCUUCAGAGCGGAGAGAAGCUUCCACUCCUCCUCGUCCUCAUCCUCGUCCUCGUCCUCGUCCUCAUCCUCCUCAGCCUCCCGUGCCCUCCCGGCCCAGGACCCACCCAUGGAGAAAGCCCUGAGCAUGUUUUCCGAGGAUUUUGGUAGCUUCAUGCGGCCCUGCUCGGAACCCCUGGCCUUCCCAGCCCGGCCCGGGGGACAGGGCAACAUCAAGACCCUCAGGGACGCCUAUGAGUUUGCGGUGGAUGUGAGUGACUUCUCACCUGAAGACAUCAUCGUCACCACCUCCAACAACCAAAUUGAGGUGCGGGCUGAGAAGCUGGCAGCUGAUGGCACAGUCAUGAACACCUUCGCUCACAAGUGCCAGUUGCCUGAGGACGUGGACCCCACUUCAGUGACCUCAGCCCUGAGGGAGGACGGCAGCCUCACCAUCCGGGCCCGGCGCCACCCGCACACGGAGCACGUCCAGCAGACCUUCCGGACGGAGAUCAAAAUCUGAGGGCCUCCCACUUCCUCGUCCCCUCCCGUUUCCCCUCUUCUGCCCCCACUGGCCUGCCAGAGACGUUUUCCUCACCCCUCAUGACAGCUUGCAGGACAUCUCAGCUCAAGUUCCAGGCCCUGAGGUGGGUCACCUACCCCCUGCCCCGCUAAACUGAGGCCUUCUGCUCUCCAGGGCAGGCCAGGGAACCUUUUGCCUCACCGAUGGCCCCCAGAUUCCAGAUGUGGCCUCUUUCACUGAAUCCAGAAUAAAGGGAUUUAGAUGGAAAAGGAAGCUCCCAGAGAACCCACUUUGGGGAAGGGGGACAGGGACAGGCACGAUCCCCAGGCAAAAAAUCUGCAGGACAGACAGACAAAUCCUUUGAUCUCUGGAGUUGCAGGGCAGGAGCGGAGGGGACAGGGACCUGGGACCCCCUUGGCCAAGGGGAGCUGGGGAGGCAAAGGCAGACAGAUAUUAGGCAAAGGGGCUGAUCGGAGCCAAACUGCACAGGGAAGCCGGAGGGGACAGCCACGGCGGGGACCCUCCCCUCUGCCAUGCCCUAUGCCCCAAGCCCCAAGCAUGCUGCGGGACUGCCUGCCUGUUUCCUCCACUGGCCAGCUGUGCCCGGGGAGGGGGGCGGGGGACACACAGUGUCUGUAUAUAGCUGGGGUUUUUCCAAUACACCUGGUUGGUGAUAAACUGUACAACAGCCCCGCCCCCCUUACCUGUUUGUGCCCUUGAGCAAGGCCUCGCCGUGGGGAGGGGCUGGUCCUUCCUCCCGCCCAGAGACCUCCCCCCCCCCCCCCCCCCGUCCCCCCGCAGACGGGUCACCCGGCUGAGGCGGGAGACAGCAUGGACAGGGCCUUGGGUCUUCACGGUUGGGCCCCAGCUUCUUGUCAUCCUUCCCCUGUGGCCAGUCACCUCCCCCACCCUUCCCUCUCUUUAAUCGAUGAAUCUAUAGGCUUGGUUUGUGUAUACACCCCACACGGACCAACGGUCCUAUCCUUCAAAUACUGAGCGAUACUGUUAUCUGAGGCUGAAUUCAGCACAUUCAGAAAUUAGAUUUUGCCAUCUCUACUUUUAUCAAGGGGGAAACUGAGUCUCUGAACGGUUGAAAGCCCAGCUCACUCAUUAAAGGCUGGAUUUGAACCCAGGCUGUGAAAGCUACUCUGAAACUGCGCUCCCCCCGCCCCGCCCCUCUGAGUGCCAGGGGGUGCUUCCCCUCAUUCUGCCUCUUAUGGCCUCUGCACCCUGCCCCACAGCUUCCUGCUGGAGAGAGCCCCGUCCUAGGAAGAGCCCCCAACCCAGUUCCCCUCUAGUCUUCAGUCCAGGGCAGGGAACCUCCAGGCAGCUUUCAUCCUGGGGAGUCCCAGGCAUCUCCAGUGGCACUGGCUUGGUCUCCAACAUACAGAAGCAGGGGUGUGGGGGGCAAGGAAAGGGUGGUUUGCCAUAGGUGAGGCCUCCUGGGGCAGGAGGUGGGGCCAGCUUCUCACUUCUGCAGCUCUUAGGUCAGUGUUCUAUGGGGUGGCCUCUCACCCCUGCCAUUCUGGGGCCCUUAAGGGAUGGCUGGGGGGUGGUGGGAGGGGGCAUGGGAGGGCCCUAGCAUUGUACCCUGCACACACAAUAAACAAGAGAAACACAGUCUUCUGGAGAUCACCUGCCUGAAGUUCUCAAACUUGGGAUGGGGCUGGAAGCAGCUAGGAGGAGAAACCCAGAACAAACGGACAUGACUUCCCGAGACGUGGGGCCAGGCCUGGCAGCUCAAGUACACGUGAGUUUGCUCUGGCCUCCUCCCUGGGCUCCCAGACCCACCCGAGCAGGAAUCCCAGAAUUAUUUCCCUGAAAAACCUUGCAGA